ACGCGAGGGUUUGCCGAUCAAGGUCGCGGUAAUGGCUUCCUCCUAGGCAGGACUUACUUUGUUUAUAUCGCCGCUGGGACCCAAGCAGUCGUGUUUAAGCGUGCUUAUAGUGCUUUUUACUAUACAUCUGCACAUUUUGGGAAGCAUAUUUGGACUGGGACAGUAUCCUAUUUAGUCGCCUAUUGGGCUGAGCUGUGUUGACUGAAUGACGGGAUAGCUUGUAGUACCGUAAAAGGAUGAACUCCAUCGCCGGUCGGGAUCUCUCGGUGUCCGCGGGAUCUGUCAGCGGCAACCCCGGAGCGACAUCUUCCAGAGUCCUGCAUGUGGAGCUCACAUCACAACAGAGGCGUUUGCGUCACUUGCGGAGCAUAGCAGCCCGUAACAUUGUGAACAAGAAUGGCUCUCCUCUGCUUGACACUUACUUCACCCUCCACCUCUGCCAGGAUGAUCAGAUAUCACGAGAUUUUUACAAGAGUGAAGUCAUCCGAGACUCAUUGAAUCCAACAUGGCGGAGCUUAGAUUUUGCCAUGCUGCCAGACCUCCUGGACACGUCGGUUUCUUGUUUUGUGGUGAGAAUAUGGGGUGGGAGAGAAGAACACUACCAACUGCUUAUUGAGUGGAAAGUCAACCUAGAUGGUCUCCGAUUCACAGGACAGCAGAUUCGCUCCAGAAAUCCGAAUGAGAUCAUCUUUGGACUGAACGAUGGCUACUAUGCAGCUGAGUUCGAUCAGAAGGAGAGUUCAGACCGGAGGAAGAACAGUUUGCUUCAGGUGGACCAGAGCUCUGUCAGAAACUCCUACAGUGUUUUCUCUUUGCUGAGGCUGCGCAUGGCCCAGAGAGCCAUCAAGCAGACUCAGGUGACUGUUCAGAAGAUUGGGAAGGAAAUUGAAGAGAAACUGAGGACAACAGCGUCCUGCACGGAAAAGAAGAAGGAAAGGGAGUGCAUGCAGCUGCGCAUUGGGAUUCUGAGGUGUGAGUUGGAGAGACAGAAGAAGGCACUGACGAGAGAAAUGGACGUGAUGCAGAAAGAGAGAGCACAGCUUAUUAAGAAAGAAGAGGCGUCAUCCACCAAACAGCAGGAUCUGGAGUCUGAACGCACCACUUUGACCGACCUGCAGAAGGAAUGCACCGCCAAAAGAGAGCUGUUUCUAAAGUCUAAAGCCCAGCUCACCUUCCGCUGCCGGCAGCUCAUAUCAGAGCUUUCCUACAUUUAUCCCAUUGAUGUGAACAAUCAGAACGAUUAUGUGAUUUGUGGCGUCAAAUUGCCCAAUUCUGAAGACUUUCAAGCAAAGGAUGAUGGGAGUAUUGCAGUGGCUCUUGGCUACACGGCACACCUGGUGUUGAUGAUUUCAUGCUUCCUGCAGAUUCCGCUCAGGUAUCCAGUCAUCCACAAGGGUUCCCGCUCCACUAUUAAAGACACCAUCACUGACAAACUCACAGAGAAGGAGAGAGAGUUCCCUCUUUACCCCAGAGGAGAGCGCUUCCAGUUUGAAUAUGGUGUCUAUUUGCUCAACAAGAACAUCGCCCAGUUGAGGUAUCAGCAUGGACUCUCCACACCGGACCUGCGGCAGACUUUACCCAACUUGAAGAACUUCCUAGAGCAUGGGCUGCUCGUACGAUGCGACAGGCACCAUGCCUCCAUGUCCAUCCCCGUCCCUCUGAAGUCUCAUCUCAGCGUUUCCACCGCAUCCGAAGUGGGAUUUCCGGCUCUCUCCAGUUCUCCUGAACAGGAUGUCCGGAGGCGGGCUGCUUCAGAUGCGGAUAAACAGAAAUGCCGAACACCUCCGCCUAGUUACAACACCGCCAUGGCUCAACCUGAUCCCAUGACCACUCCGGAGCUUCAGUCAGAGCCAUCUGUUGAGGUAUUGGAAGUAGGUAAGGCUGUGGAAACACUUGAGGAUGGAGAAACUGUGUCAGAGGAACAUCCAGAGAAACCUUUGGAUGUUCCUACUGAUAUAGUUAGUACAUUACCAUCCGACUCCAUCCCUCAGCACCCAGGGGCGAUGAAUGGUUCUGCUGUGCCCACCAGUGGGGGUGUGGGAUUGGGCGUUGCGAGUGGAGGAGAGGUAUGCUGCUCAGUGGAGCAAGCGGAGGAGAUUAUGGGCACUGAAGCUACAGGAUUGGGAUUGGGGUUGGGAGGUGGCGCCAGACUGGACGAUUACCCCUGCAUCCCAGUGGAGCACGCAGUAGCGGUUGAGUGUGAUGAACAGGUUUUGGGAGAGUUUGACGCCGCUGGGAUUGAAGAGGUCUCACGGCGCAUCUAUGCACUAGAAAACAUGUCGAGCUUUCGACGACCACGGAAGAACUCGGAAAAGUGAUGUGGAUGUAGAGCGCGGAGCAACUGGUUGAGCUGCAGGAUAUUUCACCUCAACCACAAGUAUAGAUAUUGCAUAAAGAAAUAUAUGAUUAAUGUUGUUAUAAUUAUUAACGUUAUUAGGAAAAAUCCAGAUUAUUGACCAAUUUGCACUUCUCAAAGCAUUUCUAUAAUCCUUUCAAGUCAAAUAAAGAGAAUGUUUGUGGUUAAA